AUGAUCGAGAAAGCGACGCCCUCUUUCCUGGGCGACGAAAGUCUCUCCCGCUGCUUUCCGCCCUGCACCACAGGCGCGAGGGCCAGGUCGUUCGAGGCCACCGCGAGGAGGUACUUGGGUAGCGGGCUGGGCGUCCUAGCUCUGGAUACGUCAGACAAUGUCGUCGGCGGCCACCUUGCUGGUCUACUGCGUCGCGAGGACGUAAUCGGAGUGGACAUUGACACAGUAGAAUACACGUCCCAAGGAGAAAUCGUCUUCGCAAAAGCACGGCCUCCCAAUGAAAUCUUGACAGUAUCCGCUUGCCGCUUGCAAAACACGGAGCCUUAUAUCACGCCGUUGACCGAUCGUGAGUUGGCAGAUGGCAGAUUGGCAGAUGAUAUUGCAAUUUUUGCCACAUCACACAAUAAACUACAACAAAUGAUACAAGACAUCCAUAGAAAAUGUAAGAAGGUAGAGCUUCAACUAAAUUAUAACAUGACUUAUAACAAGAGACAGCAGGUAGCCAAUGGACAAGGUUGGAUCAAGAUAGGACGAAGUGGAAGCAAAAAAUUGAGGAAGAUAGGCGAUAAGGAGGGGGUAGGAGGAAGAGCGGUGGAGGAAGAGCUGGAAGAGAAGAAAAGAAGGGAGAAGUUAGGGAUAAUAGGAGAAGGGGCUGAAGGAUUGGGUGCAAAGAAGUUGAGAAAGAGGAAAGGAGUGAGGGAGAUGCAGAGCCAGGGUGAGGCUGGGUUGCAACAACCCAAAGUCCUAUUAAGAGAUGCUUCUGGUAUGGUCGACUGCGCGCAUUUGAAGUUGCCGCCGGAAAGUAGUUCCGGCGCUGCACAAGAGAGGGUGCCGUUUACAGACGCCGCGGCAUCGUCACGCCCGGCCAAGCCUCGGAGCAAGAGAGCCCACCCUUAUCGCACAGCUGGCCGGCGGACCUUGAAGUCAGUGAAGCGCCUACCUGCAUUCAGAGCUGGCAUAUGUAGGGCCAACGCCCCUGCACACCCUCCAAGGAAGAAAGGGAAGAGAAACGUCUGCCACGCGCCGUGGGCAACUACUGAUUUCCCCAACUCGGUGUCAACUCCUACAAUAAAAGUAGUAUUUAGAAACAUCGGAAUAGUGGAGCCCGGGCGCGACAGACAAGGGACGCUCUCAACGGGAAGCGCUCACCGGGAAGCGGCUCAACGGGAAGCGCUCAAAGUGCAUGAAGCCACCGCCAACAGCUUCACCGAACCAGUUGCCCCGUCUCCGCAUGAAGCACACUCUCAAAAUCAGGACGGGCGCCCCCGCGCCUCCGCUCCCCCCGCCUCCGUAGCCCAAGACAGGGACCGAGCCUUGCCACUAAGGCGCCCACACGGACCGCCCAGCUCCAACACCAUGGAGUGCUCGGAGGAGCUAUACGCACUGUAUACCAAUGACAUGACUCCCAGUUGCUCCACAGAAGCCACCGAAGACGAGCAACUCGUUGAGUAG